AUGAUGGACCUGAACCUCCCCCUCUCCUCCCCCAUGAUGGACCUGAACCUCCCCCUCUCCUCCCCCAUGAUGGACCUGAACCUCCCCCUCUCCUCCCCCAUGAUGGACCUGAACCUCCCCCUCUCCUCCCCCAUGAUGGACCUGAACCUCCCCCUCUCCUCCCCCAUGAUGGACCUGAACCUCCCCCUCUCCUCCCCCAUGAUGGACCUGAACCUCCCCCUCUCCUCCCCCAUGUUGUACCCGCCUGAGUGCCUCCCACAGAUCGACGCAGGCCAAAACAUGACACCUCCGCAGCCCGGGCCUGUCCGACAUGAUCAUCUGAGCCCAGGGCAGAGGAGCAGAGCUGGGGACAGACGGGAGCAGCUCCCCCUGACCUCUCAGACUCACGCUGCUUUCAUUCUGGCUAAUUACAUUCCUCACUGA